AUGACGUUGCAAACCUCCGCAAACUCCUCACUAUGGGCUCUUGCUCUAUCAACACUCCCGGAAAAAGAUCGACGUAUCUUCAAAAUCUCAAACUCCUCAGCUCCAGAAGCCAAACAGACUCUGAAUGAUAUACUCUCGGCACUCGAAAUCCAGCGCGACCGCUGUACGCGGGAUAAAUGGGUCACCAUCGGUAUCGGGGGCAAGGAGCUCAUCAUUCGUGAUUUAUGCGCUAAGAUUGCUGCAUGUGUCAAGAAAUAUAUGCAGGUUGUUGAUAUCGCGGUCCAGUAUGACCCUGUUCAUGCGGCGUUGCCGUGGGCCGGUGUGCGUUUCUUGCUGCAGUUGACCUUCUCUGGGUUUGAAGUUUUUGGUGCUAUUGUUGAGGGAUUGGAGAAGGCCACAGGAUUGAUCGCGGUGUGGGAUUCUUGA